AUGACUAAAAGGGUCCUUCGAUCAGCGGCUAGACAGCCUUCUGCUCCCAACAUCACUGCUGUGGUCAAUCCAAUCACCGCGAGGACGACUGGCGAUAUAUCUACGUCACGGAACACUGCAGGCCUAGCAAAGCCAUAUGCUUCCCCACCCAGAAGUCAGAGGCUUGAACAUGAUCCACCAAACCGAGCAAAUGCCGACGCUCUCGAAAGUCUGGCAGCCACGUACUUUGAUAUCAGCAGCUUGCUAUGCUCCCAGAAAAUCGUACAAACUGUGCAAGAUUCUGCGGCCAUGACAGCCUGGCAGAAUCGAAUCGAUGAAGUGAAAGAUGCACUUCACCUCGAGAUAUCAACCGCUCUCGAGAAGCUCGAGAAACACCAGACAGGUCUUCAAGUCUUUGCUACUUCCCGUCCAAUUCUAUGGCGUGACCCUCUCAAGUAUGUUCGCCUGACUAUCAAAAACAUUCAAGACUUGCCAUCCUUGGAGGAGGCGCUUUCUGAUGAGUCUAAUUGGGGAUUUGAGGUUACUCACCCGCAUGAUGCUGUCAUUAAUAGGAAAGAGCAGACCGUCGCUGACUUGCCUCUUUAUCAUCUAUCCUCUGGGCCAUGCUGA